CCUCCUUACAUGAGCUUGCUUGAAGAGCAAUAUUCUUGAUAGUUGACAGCAGGCGAGCAAACACAGUAGGGGAGAAAGCUGAGAAAUCUAUACUUGCAGUGGACAUAGGAUUUUCCUCUUCUUAAAGGGAUCCCUUCCUCACCACAACGUUUUAACCUUAAGCCCUAACGUCCCAGCUGGAGUGUGAUCUGGUGGGAUGGCAGAGGGCGAUGUGGAUCCGUACCCUCAGGUGUUUGUGAUUGACAGCCAAGCCAACUACGUCUCCAUGCCUGGCGAGAAGAGGCCACGUUGGGUGAGAUCAGGACAAAAGUUUCUUCUCCUGCUGGUAGGACUCGCCCUGUUGGGACUUGUUGUCGAGGGGUGUUUUAUCUACAGUCUAUACAAAAAAACCGAGGACUUGUCCUACUGUAAGUCUCACCCGCUGUGCCAGAACCUGACCAAUCCUCCAACAUCUGGCGGGCAGGGUGGCACCAUAUUGAGCCAAGUGGCUUCCAAAGAUUCCAAUGAGAUUCCCACAGUACGACCACAUCUGGAAGACAUCCAACAGAGACCCUUUGCUCAGCUUAUAGGUUCAGACUCUUAUAUCGGAGAGAACAAUGAGGUGCAGUGGGAAGAUAAAAAUGGCGAAACUGUAACCCACAACAUGGGCUUUGAAAAAGGCCGGUUGAUGGUCAAGGAGAAUGGCUACUACUACAUUUACUCUAAAGUGACAUUAAAUGUCGCAGAGGAGUGUACGCUUAUCCAGCACAAGAUCAUAAGAGCCACCAGUGCCUACGGCGAGGAUAUUGAACUUUUGAGAUCCAAAAGUUACCGCUGCUUCAAUCCUACACGCUCCCCGAUUACUCACAAGGAGGAUAUCCGGAACAGUUUUCUGGCUGGGAUCUUCCACCUGGAGAGCGGGGAUACCAUUUUCGUCACAUUGGAAAAUAGCCCAAAGAUGUUUCCGAGACAUACUGAAUAUGUCAUGGGGGCAUUUAUGAUAUAUCCAGGUGGAUUGCUGCAGGAAUAAUAUCCUCUGUCCCACAUUGUGAACAGAUUCUAUUUCUCUGUGUUAUGAACGUACACCAUAUGUUGUGGUGAAUGUUAUGUAUCUAAUAUAUAGGCCUAUAUCAUCUAAAUUAUACUAUAUGUAAUUGAAUCCCUUAUGAAACAGCAACUAAUGGUUUUGAGAUCAUAAAAAAGUAUCUGACAUUCAGGUAAUAUAAUCCUACUUGUUGAUUUGUUGCAUUUUUUGUUUUUUGUUAAUAAAAUGCAUUCAUUCAUUCAGGUUGUAUCAGUUACUGAUUAGGUUUUAUGUUAGACAUUAUAGAUAAUGAGAAAAAACUUUUAAUAUUUAUUUGUGCGGUAAAGUAAGAAUAGAUUUUAUUUGAUGCGACCUAAUAGCUUGAGCAACCUGAGACAAAUCACGCAGUUGCAGAUUUAUAGAUGCAGAACACACACAGCGCCUGUAUGAGUGAGG